GUCUCCUCUCCCUCUGCGCUCACACCCCCUCCAGAACUUGUCUUCUCCCCGGCUGUCAGAGUGAGCUCCAGACUGGCUGCAGACAGAGAGAGGGGUGGAGGAGAGUGAGGGGAAGGUUGCCAGUCCCAGGCAAGGAGCCUGUGCGCACACACACUGCAGGGGGAGGUGACAUGUAGUUUGGGGACGACACCACUGUGUGAACAAAACAAGGACAUUCCUAUUUGAUCCCCACAAUGCCUUCCUGAAAUUAACUGACUUGAUAACUAAGCCAUGUUGAUAGAAAAACUAAUUGUGUUAGCGUGCCUGGGGGAAUAGAGUCGUUUAAGACAGAGGGGGCCAGACACAGCUUGAAGACAGAACCAGCCAAGCCUUGCAAAAUAAAGACAAAGAUGAACUGAUGGGUGAGAGAAUUCUCCUGGGCAAAGGAUAAUAAAACAUCUUUGAAUUAUUUCGCUUCCUUUAUGUUCAUGUUUAUCAUCAUGGCAUCUUAUUCUUGGUUGGACAGAUAAGAUCAUUUGAAUAUUUUGGCCUGUUGAGCUCUGGAAUUGCCCUCUUGAAUCUGUGGCUACAUUUACCGUACAAGAAUUCCCCUGGAUGCAGGAAGACAUGGAAUGGCUAAAAUGGAAGUGACCUGACAAUUGCCUGUCCAUCAGUUAUCUCUGGAAGGACAGGUUAAAGUUGGCCUCUCCACACUGGCUGAGAAGCAGUAUGCAGGAAGCUGGUUUGCAGGCCACAAAUGCUUUCACAGAGUGCAAGUUCACCUGCACCAGUGGCAAAUGCUUGUAUGUUGGUUCUCUGGUCUGUAACCAGCUGAAUGAUUGCGGGGAUAAUAGCGAUGAAGAAAAUUGCCCCCUGGUGACAGAACAUCCUCCGCCGGGUAUAUUCAACUCUGAACUGGAGUUUGUCCAGAUCAUCAUCAUAAUUGUGGUUAUAACAGUAAUGGUGGUAGUGAUUAUCUGCCUUCUUAACCACUACAAAAUCUCUUCGUGGUCCUUCAUUACCCGCCAAAGCCAAAGUAGAAGACAGGAAGAAGUCUUGCAGCCGGAAGCCUGUUUGUGGCCAUCGGACAACUUGGUGGCGCGACAAGGAGCUUCAGAGAUCAUGUAUGCACCAAGGUCAAGAGACAGGUUCAUCACUCCUUCCUUUAUGCAGAGAGACCGCUUCAGCCGUUUCCAGCCAACUUAUCCCUACAUACAGCAUGAGAUUGACCUCCCUCCAACAAUCUCCCUUUCUGAUGGUGAGGAACCUCCACCCUACCAGGGGCCAUGUACACUGCAGUUACGGGACCCAGAGCAACAGAUGGAGCUCAAUCGAGAAUCUGUCAGAGCACCUCCAAACAGAACUAUUUUUGACAGUGACUUAAUAGAUAUUUCAGUGUAUAAUGGGGGGCCUUGCCCACCAAGCAGCAAUUCGGGCAUCAGUGCAACCAAUUAUAGCAGCAAUGGUAGAAUGGAAGGACCGCCACCUACUUACAAUGAAGUAAUGGGACAUUAUCCAGGGUCGUCUUAUUUCCACCACCAGCAAAACAACACUUCUCCUUUGUCCCAGAGAGGCAGCAGGCUUCACUUUCAGCAGAACAAUUCAGAGAGCACAAAAGUCCCCAUCAAUGGAAAAGACAGACAGCCAGGAAACCUUGUUUAAGUCCUACUUGAACUUCGUGUGAAUUAAAUCAUCCGAGCAGCAUGGUGGCCCAAUGGGAUCCACUACUCUGAGUUGCUGAGUUUCCAGUGGUACAAUUUAGUUAUACCAAAUGCACACUUUACUGUAUACUUAUACACACUCUCUGAAACAACUCACUUAAGCUUCCUUUUUGAAUCGCCUACAGCCGUCGUUGUCAGGAAGAAUAUAUUUACUAUUUUAGUAAUUUAAAUGUUGGAAACAGCACAGAAAACUAGCCAGCAGAGCCACUAACAGCAGUGACAAAUAAGGGUUACAGUGCUCAUUUGGAAAGGCUAAGGACUUUGGGAGAUGGCCAGUGUUUUUUUUUUUUUUUUUUACUUUGAGGAGUAAUGUAAGGGAAGUAUUAAUUAUUUUAUAGGAAUCCAUAUUUCGAGUGCAUAUGCCAAGCUGAUCUGGGGAGGACUAAGCAUGGAGUGGACGAAUGAAAUAGUGAAUCUUUUAAACAUGUUGCACUAAAUACUUGUUCAGAGUAUAAAUGGGAGAGGAGAUGACUGUAUUGUUACAUUUCUGCUUAUAUGACUUAAAUUUCUUUUGGUUGUGUGGUCAGCCGGGGUGCAAGGCCCAGUAUCAGGCUGUGCUGGUAGAUUGCUGUUCUGGGUUUCAAACUCACCAGCGAUAAGUUGCCAGAGGCUCCCCUAUUACUGUUGUAUAAUGACAAGCAUACAGUGCUCCUACAGCUGCUGGCUUCUGGAGACUGCUAGCAGUCAGCAACAAGAGUGAGAGAGCCACACUUUGUACUUACCUAGAUUAGACAGUCAGGGUGCUUUCGCUGCAAACAAUAUUACCACUGUGUGUUUGGAACUUUGCAACUUAUUGGUGAGCAUAUUAAACUACCUGGCACCAAGUGAGACCCAUUGUGCCUACUGCACAAAGUACUUUAGUAAAAUUCACUUACAUUUCAAUAGCAGAUCCAAGUUGCCUAGUAGAAAGAAAACUGGUGGAUUCCCUUUGUUUCAGCAAAACUGGUAAAUCUUCCAGGGUUGUACUCAAUGGAUUAUAAAUACAUAGAGAAGGCCCGGAAUGAUGCAAUAUGGCGGCAUCCAUGCUUAAGAAACAACUUUUUUUGACAGUCUAUCAUUAGGAGUGUUGAGCUGUAUAGUUCAACAGUACAAAAAAGGCUCAGGUUGGAAUAAAUGCAUAUAAUGAUGUUAACGUUAAAGCACACUGGGAAUUUACCAAGGCCAUACAGUAUAUUUAACAGUAUUUUAAUUUUACCAAAACCUUGAGGAAGAUGUGUAGCAGAACAUAUCUAGUGAAAGGCUGAACUAUUGUAUUUCAUUCUAAUACAAUUUACAUGUAAAUACAAUUAGUUUGCAAGCAGUAGAGUCCAGCAUCUUGCAUAAAGUGCCCCUUAUUUUUAUAUGAUCAGGUAGCUGUACCGGAUACUUCUGUGCCUCCCAGCCAAUGCUAGGCCUGCCAUCUCUGUACUGAUGGGCCCAUGGCUACCACUAGCUACAGGAAGGUCAGCCUUCCCAGACUGUCAUUUGGGAGGUUUGGCCACACCAACCUAACACCCAGGCUAUGCCCUCAUACCACAUCCACCCAACUUGUUCCACCCAAGGCGGAUAUAUAAAUAUGGGAGACUCUUGAAAGAUAUGGGAGGUUUGACAUAUCUGUGGCUCUGCUGCAGUCUGUAGCGCUGCAAUAUCUGCAUUGUCCAACUCCUACCCUAUCUGUAUUUUCCCACAAAAAUGAAAUGCUACAGAAAUUGCAUUUAUUCAGUAGUAGCUGAGGUAUGUGUACAGAUAUGUUUCUAUUAAGGGCUCAAAACACACAUACCUCAAAACCAACCAUGUUCAUAUUAUUUUAUACAUCAUGAGCCUUGUGCAGAAAAGGGAAAGUUAAAUAGGGAAGCUAUUAGUGCAAGACAUUUCUAUUCUUCAUUGUUUAAAAAGUACAAGAAGAAAGCCAUGAGAAAUUUAAUUACUUGCAGUACAUAUAAUGGAUUUUGAGAUACUGUAAAUGUAUUAUUUUAAACUUGCUAAAAUAUCGUCCUUGCCCAGAUAGGGCUCAUUAGCCAGAACUUAGCUGUUUUCCCUCACACUAUUUGGAUAUUUUAGCAAAUAAUGGUGCUAAUAACCAUAUGUAACAUUGAUUCCUCCUUGCUACUAACCUAAUCCUGCUAUUUCUCUUGGUAACACUGAAAUAAUAGGGGCCAUUACAUUGCUUCUGCUUCAGGCCCAACAGAUGAGGCUGCAAUACAAACUGGCUACAGAUUGGCCCAAGUUAAGCACCACUUGUACAGCAAAACUGUUCAUAAUAAUGUUUUCUUCCUGGUAAAAGCCAAUAACUAAGAGAAUGACCACUAUAUAAACAGGAACCAUAGUCUCUUAUUACUGACCAAUUGGUUGAGAGAGCACAAUAAUAUAACAUAUCUCUAAAACUAAAUGGGACAAGAAUGUUAGAUGGAGCAGAAAAUAUAGAGCAUAACACAUCGCAAAUGUGUCUUAAAAUCAUUAAUAAAAAGUUUGUGUAGCUAACCAAACCCUUUGCAACCCAGACAUGUUUCAUUCACAAAGAAAUGCAGUAUUUCAGUCCCCUGUUAUGAAAAACACAAAUCCAAAUAUCUUUUUAAAGUCUCUUAAUACAAUAGGCUUCAGUACCAGGAGGUAUAGAAGGGCUAUGUCCCCCUCGCCCAAAUUGUUACCCCACAGUUUUGGUUGUGACAGGACUCAGUGUCUGUUCCAGUGCCAUUUUCCCCCCAAAAUCUUCCAUGGCCAUUGGCCAACUCAUUAAAAGGCCUACAGUCUAUGUAACCUUUGUGCUGUUCACUAUGAAGGAUACUAUAGCAGGAAUUUGAUUUUAAGGCACAGAGAAGUCUCUAGUAAUAAAGUGCUUGUCCACAUUCUAACUUGUUCUUUGUGAAAUAACACAAACCUUAAUUUAAAUAUUUCAUUUAGUAAUAUAAAGAUGUGAUUUGCGAGUCCAGUCACAUAAGGAGAAUCACAGCAUGUCUUUGUUUACCAUACUUCCGCAGGGAUUUCCUUGCUCUUCUUGUGCUGCUGCUAUGUGCAACUCACUGGGGUUAAUCCAUGGGGGUGACCCAUGGCAACCAAUCAAAUUGUUGCAUUCAUUGUUCUACCAGCAUGUGGCUGUAAAAAAACAAUCACUGAUUGGUUGCUAUGGGUUACUGCCCACAAGCAAAUGGUGUUUUCAUGGUGGAAACAGGGAUUGGGAGUUUAACACCAGAGCACUAGAAAGUGACUGUCACUGAGUGAGAUGCCAGACAGCGCUCCAUUCAUCCAGUUGCACUGAGUGUAUCCUUGAGAUCAUGUAUAGGAGUUGUAGCAGAGAGUAUGACAGAUAUACAGCUCUGUCAAGGAAAAUAAUAUCAGCUUUUUUUUUUUAAUAAAUUACCUUUCUCUCCUCUCCCUAACUAUUACUUUCCUGAAAGGAUAUGGUACCAAGCAAUAAACAUGCUAAACCACCUAGAGUAACAAUAAAAAUCAGUUUGGAUCAGCUCAGAAGUGGCCAGUACAAUACUCACAUAUUUACACCCAAUUCCUGAUCUCACACAUAGGGAGAGGGCGAAAUCAUGCAGCUUCUGCUUGCUCUGCAACUUGAUUUGCGAGUAACCUGACCAAUCAGGGAUAUGGAAACAGCAAAACAUCCUGCACCCAAGUCCUUCCUUCUCUGGAAAAAUUGUGUUUCAGGGCCCGGUUGGACUCAUGAACAGGGGGAAGGGCCACGAUAGCUUACACACAAGUUUGGAGGGAAGUCACACAUUUUGCCAAGUCUGUAUUUAUAUUUGUGCUCCUUUCACUGACUUAAACAGUCUGUCCUCCAUUUCAGUGUAUUUAGCCAUGUUUCCUUUAUCUAUAAUUUCCACUUUUUUUCAUGAGUACAGGUAUGGGACCUAUUAUCCAGAAUACUUGGGAUCUGGGUUUUUAGAGAUAAGGGGCCUUUCUGUAAUUUGGAACAGCGUACCUUAAAUCUACUAAAAAAUCAUGUAAACAUUAAAUAAACACAAUAGGAUUAUUUUGCCUCUAAUAAGGAUUAAUUACAUCUUAACUGGCAUGGAGUACAAGAUACUGUGAGAAAAAGUGAAUCAUUUUUAAAAAUUGUUUGAUUAAAAGAGUAUAUGGGAGAUGGUCUUCCUGUAAUUUGGAGCUUUCUGGGUAUUGGGUUUCCGGAUAACAGGUCAUAUACCUGUACUUGCUCUUAAUAAUGAUAUUGUACAACUAACUGACACGGAGCAGCCCUAUGAGAACUGUGGCCAUUGACCUGCAAAAAAGAAUGAGAUUUUCUCUAGCAGCCCCUGCUCUGCCUCUCACUGUUUUUCACGACUGCGCAUAAACCAGACGAAUACACCAUUGGCACAGCCAGAAAUGUGAUUUAGUGUUUGAUGUUGGCUAGGAUUUUGUCGUUGUGUGCUGUAGGUUUCUGCUUACACCCACUGAGAACUCUUGGUGCAGGAGGCUGGCCCCCAGCAGCCCGAGGGUUAAAUAUUAAAGUGGCAUUUACUAAGACUGUGACAUCACACAUUUCCCCCCAACUUCUGUUUUACCCCCCGUCAUAUGAUGUAUUGUAUAAGGAAAGAUGUGCAUGUCUGAUUUUUGGAAACCUCAAGUUGUGCCAUGAGCAGAUGUGGGGCACCCCGUGCCCUCUGACUUUGGAUUGUGUUGUGCCUCCCUUGUGAGUGGUGCUUUGUCAGUGGAGACUUUGUCUUUCAUUUCUUUUCUAAUAUGCUGUACAGAACUUGAAUAUUUUAUGCACAUAACCUACCCAAUGGGUAGAAAGUGAUACUCAUUGUUAAUACUGUAUUAUAAUGUAUAGAUGAUACCAAUUUUAACAAAAUGGCAUAGAUUUUGUGAAUGCCUAACAUGUCUUUAGUCAUUUUUUAAAGUAAAAAAAUGGAAACAAAUGCAUACAAAUGACAAAUCUAUGUAUUUUAUUUUCCUAUUCAAUAUCAAUAUAUUAAAAUGGAAGGGAAAAAAAGAACAAAAGUACAUUUUUGUUAACCUUAA